AUGGCCGGGGCUGGAGGUGGAGCAGUACGUGCCUCGGCGAGAGAGGCAGGUGAUGGUGCAGGAGGCGGGCUCCCUGGUUCCGUCGAGGUAGACGGUGGCGGAGCAGAGCCAGGGACCGAGCCAGGCGAGGCCGACCCAGGUGAGGACGGCGAGUGCGACGCGGGCGGUGUCGACCGCUCAGGCAACGCGAGCGGUGAAGGCCGCGCAGGCGACGCGGGCGGUGACGACCGCUCAGGCGACGCGGAAGGCGAGGACGGCCCAGGGUCAGUCGGCCACGCGGGCGACGAGCCAGCUGGACCAGGGGAGGCCGAGGAGGAGCCCUUGGGGCGCGUGCCCGCUGCAUGGGGCAUGCAGCGAUCGACGUCGCGAUCGGCGAUAGCGGAUGCCGGUGGCGCGAGGGCGUGA